UUAUAUGCAAUGUGAGGUGUACUGUUUGUAAAGGAAUAAAUAAUUUAUCUUAGAGAACGAGUUGAAUGCUUUGGAUAUGUCGCAUUUGAGAAAAAAAGAAUGGGUUGUAUCAAUAGUCGAACAGAUAUUAAUGAUCUACACCCAAAUGUUUUUCAAGUGAUGAAUGUAGAUGAUUUAGGUAAUUUAAUUACACCUGGCCGCUUAGAAGUCACAGAAACAGAUAUAGUGCUUUAUCAACGUGGUAAACAGCCAAUUAAAUGGCCAUUACGUUGUUUGCGACGAUAUGGCCAUGAUGCUGAAAUUUUCAGUUUUGAAUCAGGAAGAAGAUGCUCUACAGGGCCAGGCAUUUAUGCUUUUAAAUGCCGCAGAGCUGCACAUUUAUUUAAUCUUGUACAAACGAAUAUUCAGGUUUGUAAUAACAGUGGAGAUGAUACGAUGACCAGAGAACUUCCAGUUGCUUCUCAUCCUGGUCCAACAGUGACAAGAGUGACAAUACCAAUUGAGCCUAAUUAUUUGGAUCCAAUAUUAAAUAGAACUAAUAAUCAUAUGGGUCCUAGAUUUGCUCAUAAUCAACAAAAUGGAGUUGGAAGAUUAGAUAGUGUGGGAAGUAGCACUGGUCUUAUAUCACCCCAAGGAAACAUGAGUUCUCCUACAUCACCUCCUGUGCUGCCACCACCACCACCACCACUCCCUCAACCACAUCCGUCCUCACUUUAUGUCAAUGAAGAAAUAUUGUCAUCUCUACCAUUGGAAAUGGAACAUAAUAAUAACAAAAGCCUUAGAAGAGCAAUACAGAGGUCUUGUACAGUGAGUACUACUAUAUCUGAUAAUGGUUCAGCUUCAUUGAAAUUGACAUCUAUGCACAAAGGUUCAGAAGUCAUUCCUCAAACUAAAUCACCACUUUCAGUAGCAACUUACAUGAAUGUAAAUAUUAAUAGUGAUGUUAGUCCACUUUCUCCAACUCAUAGUGUUUCUGAAGCAAUGCAGUUUAAAGAAGACAAAAAUGAAAACAGUGAAUCUGGGCAUGCUUAUAUGAAUAUAAGUCCUGGUCAAGAACAUGUAGAAUCUCUUGGUGCUAGACCACGACCUUCACCAUUACCAUUUAUUCAAUCUGAUAUAGAAGACCCAACAAGACACUGUUACGCUAAUUUAGAACCAAGUGAAAUCGAAAAUUUAAGAAAAAGAUUUUCUGGUGUAUCUGUAGCAGAAAAAUCACCUUUGCCUCCAUCAACACCUACAGGUGGUCCAAUUAGGGAAGUAAACUAUGCUGUAUUAGAUUUGGAUACAAAGGAUGUACCAAUGAAUUUGCCAUUAGAUGGCCCUUUAAAUUCUUCUGCAUCUCCCCCAGAAUCUCCAAAUAAGCUGCAAAAAGGGUAUGCUACAAUCGAUUUUAAUAAAACAGCUGCUCUUUCUCAUUCAGUCAACCCAAAUCUUGUAAAUGAUAACGAGGGUUCAAGGAAAACACGUCACAAUUCUACAAUUAGUGACUUAGCAGCUUCUGGUAGACGUAGUUCAUCUAUAAGUGAAUGAUCAGUCUUUUAUUUGAUAACUGUGCCUGUAUAAUGAAUAUUCAUAACAUUUUGCUUUACUUUUGUUACUCUUAUUAAAUUCAAACAUUUGAUGGCAUAGA